UUGCAGGGGGCUCUACUCGGUUAUGUCGACAACAAGACUGAAAUAGCUCUAUUCUCUUGCGAUGGGAAAGUCUAUGAACGAGCUGGACCUCAACUCAAUGAUAUGUACAUUCUAAUGCGGAACACUGUUGGAGGACCACCAUUCUGUGAAUGCCCUCGCUGCCCAAAAGCACCACCUCCACCUCCCACGAGACCUGGAGAUCCAUGGCCGGAUAAGAUUCUUGUAAAAGCUCUCAAUCAGACACUUGAUACAAUCCCGGGUGAAAAUCCCGACCAAUACGUGGCGUUGUGGUAUCAGGCUGGAGAGCCAGUCAUGGGACGUGUUUGGAACGAGAAUGGCAGGGUGGCUGCCGACUUCUGUUGGAACGACAAAGAGUACAGGGGUAAUGUCGGUUCAAUCCAACUGCUUGUGCACCUCUCAGAACGCGCCAGAGGUUUCGACUAUCAGUGGUUGCCAUACCCACAGGCGUCUUCGUUCGAUAAGAGUAAGGCAUGGAUACCAGUACAUGUGAACAAUGCGAAGGGAGAUAUUUCCGCUGGUGUAAUCACGUUCAACGGAAAGCAAAUUCUCGGCAAAGUCGACGUUAGAAAUGAAAGAGCCGCAGCCGGAUUCGGUGGCAAGGAGAAUGUGCUCGUCGGACCGGCAUGCCAAGCUAACACCAUCGUAUUAUGCCGUAAAGCAAGGCCCGGAUACAAGUUCGACUAG